GCUCAUGUCCUUUCUCACAUUAACUUCCUCCAGAUGUUGUGUAAAGUUUAAGAAAUGUAUUGUAAGGGUACACCGUGUACUCAAGUUCACUAACCUGUAAUAAAUGUAUUUAUUUUGUAUUUUUAUUCCUUCUGUGAAAUAGUUGUUUUAUACUUUAUGGAAUUCAGCAUCACCAGAAAUAUUCCUCCUGUAAAUAACACAAUUGAUUAUAUUUAUUUUUAUGGCCUUCCUUGUGGUAUUUAUAUUAGUAUCUAUGUUUGUUUUUUGUGGCAGUAAAAACUAAAUGAAUGCACCUGACAAACAUGGCAGAGAGAGAAAGAGAGAGAGACACGGACAGACAGAGAGAGGGAGAGAGAGACACAGGAAGAGAGGAGGGAGAGAGAGAGAAAUGGCGCCUGGACGCUGCGCUCGCUGAGGCAGUCUUUGGAGCCGGCGGAGGAGAGUCAGCGGAGGGCAAGGGACAAACAAACAUGGUGAACACAAGGAAGAGCCCGCGGCCGAGGACCGGCCCCUUCAUCUCCUCCAGGACGAGGUCGUCGUCAAGAACCGAGCGAAACUCUGAAGAACAUAAGGAGCCCAGCAGCGACGUGAGCAGUCCCAGCAGCCCGCGGUUGCCUCCCCCUUCCAAGCGGACGCGGCGGCAGGCCGCCUCCGAGCCGAGCUCCAGCGACACCUCCCCGUCCCCGCAGACCAAGGUCCAGAGGGUCAGCUGGGAGAUUCCCACCUACCGCACCAGGUUGUCGUCUCGCAUAAUGCAAAAUGGUCACGCCCACCUGAGUCACAGGAGUGAGCAGAGCGGAGGUGGAGAGCACUCGCACAUGAACGGCCACGUGGAGCUGAAGAGGAGCUGCCGGGGGAAGAAGAGCAAAUUUGAACACCUCAAUCAGAGCCUGCUGUUUGACCAGCUGGUCAACAGCACUGCUGAGGCUGUCCUUCAGGAGAUGGACAACAUCAGCAGCAUCAGGCAGAACCGCGAAGUGGAGCGUCUCCGCAUGUGGACCGGAGCGACUGUGGAGGAAAACAUGGACAUGUAUUCUCGGGUGAAGCGCAGGAAGUCCAUGCGCAGGAGCACGUUCAGCAUGCCCACACACCACAAGGUCCUCACGAAGAACGAGCAGGAGGAUGAAGGGGAGGAAGUAACGGAAGAUUCUCACGGCGUGGAAGAGGAGGAGGACGCCGAGGACGAAGGGGACGAAGGGGACGAAGCGGAAGAGGCCGGGGAGGAAAACGACCGACCGUACAACCUCAGGCAGCGGAAGACGGUGCAGCGAUACGAGGCGCCACCCAUCGAACCGGUGAACAGGAAACAGAGCGACCCCUCCCUUUUUGACACCCACAGAUCCCCAGCGAGAAGAAGCCAUAUCAGAGUAAAGAAACAUGCCAUCCACAGCAGCGACACCACCUCGUCUUCUGAUGAAGAGCGCUUUGAGCGGAGGAAAAGCAAGAGCAUGAGCCGAGCCAGGAACAGGUGUUUGCCCAUGAACCUGGCGUCGGAGGACCUGGCGAGCAGCGUGCUGCGAGAUCGGGCGAAAGUGGGCGCCAGCUUGGCCGACGUGGAUCCCAUGAACCUCGAUAGCUCCGUGAAAUUCGACAACGUGGGCGGCCUCAGUAAUCACAUCCAGUCUCUGAAGGAGAUGGUCGUGUUCCCGCUGCUCUACCCGGAGAUCUUCGAGAGGUUUAAGAUUCAGCCUCCCAGAGGCUGUUUGUUCUACGGCCCCCCGGGCACCGGGAAGACGCUGGUGGCGCGGGCGCUCGCCAACGAGUGCAGCCAAGGAGACCGCAAGGUUUCCUUCUUCAUGAGGAAAGGAGCCGACUGUCUCAGCAAGUGGGUCGGGGAAUCGGAACGCCAGCUGCGCCUCCUCUUCGACCAGGCUUACCUGAUGAGGCCGUCCAUCAUUUUCUUCGAUGAGAUCGACGGCCUGGCUCCGGUCCGCUCCUGCAGGCAGGACCAGAUCCACAGUUCUAUUGUUUCCACCCUGCUGGCCUUGAUGGACGGCUUGGACAGCCGCGGGGAGGUCGUGGUCAUCGGCGCUACGAACAGACUCGACUCCAUCGACCCGGCGCUCCGGAGGCCCGGACGUUUCGACCGCGAGUUUCUGUUCAACCUGCCGGACAAGAAGGCCAGGAAGCAAAUCCUGGAGAUUCACACGCGGGACUGGAGCCCCAAACUGUCCGAGCCAUUCGUCGAUGAACUAGCAGAAAAGUGUGUCGGCUACUGCGGCGCUGACAUCAAAGCGCUCUGCACGGAGACGGCGUUGGCGGCGUUGCGGCGCCGCUACCCCCAGAUCUACGGCAGCAGCGUGAAGCUCAGCCUGGACGUCGCCUCCAUCGUCCUCGGGCCCGGCGACUUCAGCAAGGCCAUCGGCGCCAUCGUGCCGGCGUCCCAGCGGGCCCUGGCUCCGCCCGGCCGGGCCCUGUCCCCCGCCCUCCGGCCGCUGCUCGCCAGCUCCUUCUCCUUCGUGCUGAAGGCGCUGCUCCGAGUCUUCCCCCACGCCCAGUGCGCCGACGGGGACGACGACGCCCACGGCGGUGCUGAUCAACGACUCGAGGACGACUUGUACAGCGAUGAUGACGAGGAGCAACGCUCCGCCUCCAUCUAUGAAGUCCAGCCUGCUGCAUCCCCAAAGAGCCUCCACCUCUCCUCCUCCUCCUCCUCCUCUUCGCACAGACCCUUCCUCCACUUCUCCACCUCUGCCCUCCGCCAGCCCACGGCGUACCGGCCUCGUCUGAUGCUGGCCGGCGCCCCGGGCUCGGGCCAGAGCUCCCACAUGGCCCCCGCCCUGCUGCACCACCUGGACAAGCUGCCGGUGCACCGCCUGGACCUGCCCACGCUCUACUCCGUCAGCGCCAAGACGCCAGAGGAGUCCUGUGCUCAGGUGUUCCGCGAGGCCCGCCGCAGCGUGCCCAGCGUGGUGUUCAUGCCGUACAUCUCCGAGUGGUGGGAGGCGGUGAGCGACACCGUGAAGAGCACCUUCCUCACCCUGCUGCAGGACGUGCCCUCCUUCAGCCCCGUGCUCAUCCUCGCCACCGCCGAGACACACUACUCGCAGCUGUCGGAAGAGCUCAGGACUCUGUUCCAGAGGACGUACGGCGAGGUGGCGACGCUCUGCCCUCCAGGAGAGGACGACCGCCGGAGCUUCUUCUCCGACCUGCUGCUGCUGCAGGCCGCCCGGCCGCCGCCACGCCUCAGGAACACGGCGAGGUGUGAGGAGGUGCUGCCGGAGGCGGAGGCUCCGGGCCCCCGAGUCCUGUCGACGGAGGAGCAGCGCCGAUUGGCCGAGCAGGAGGAGAACACGCUGCGGGAGCUCCGCCUCUUUCUCAGGGACGUGACCAAGCGCCUGGCCACCGACAAGCGCUUCAACAUCUUCAGCAAGCCGGUCGACAUCGACGAGGUGGAGGACUACCUGGAGGUCAUCCGGCAGCCGAUGGACCUGUCCACCGCCAUGACCAAGAUCGACAACCACCAGUACCUGACGGUGAAGGACUUCUUGGGGGACGUCGACCUCAUCAGCAGCAACGCCUUGGAGUACAACCCCGACAAGGACCCCGGAGACAAGGUGAUCAGGCACCGAGCGUGCAGCUUAAAGGACACGGCUCAUGCCAUAUUCGCUGCCGAGCUGGACCCCGAGUUCGACCGCAUGUGUGAAGAUAUCAAGGAGGCGCGCAGGAAGAGAGACCUCCAGACGCCGGCUCAGCCGACGGAGCUGGAGCUCGAGGGCGCCGCGGCAACCAGGAGUCUCCACCACGCCGAGGCGGGGGAGGAGCCAGCCAAGAGCAGCACUCAGGGAGAGGCUGCCGACAAGCCGGGCACCACCGUUCAUAUAAAGCGUAAGAUGCGCCGGCGGCCAUCUUGGGGGCGGGGCAUCAUCCGCAAGAAGAGGAUCUACAGGAAGGAGAGGGAAGAGGAAGAGGAGGAGGAAGGGGGGGAGGAGGCCGAGGUGCCGGGGCCCAGCGACUCGUGUCUGACGCAGGACGAGGAGUCGUCAUGUGACACCGCCGUCCCCCGGGCCAACGGCCUCCGUCCCCACGGCCCCUCCACGGAGGAGGAGAGCUCCAACGAGCCGCCCGCCGAGCCGCCCGACGCCAGCGAGCGCCCGGACGAGCCGACGCCGAAGGAAGAGGAGGCGAAAGAGGAGGAGGAGCUCGAAGCCAAAGAGGCGGAGCCUGAAAGCACGGGGGGAGGCGGCGAGAGGCUUUUCCUCGCCGCCGCCGCGCUCUCGGUGCCGCCGGCGGACUGCGUGAACGGCCACGCGUCGAUGGACAGCCUGGACUCAUCGCAGAGCGUCAAGAGGAGCGGCGAGGCAGAGAAGAGGAGUCCGCCGAGCGCGACGGAGGGCUCCGGCGAGCCGGAACGGGAAGAACACAAAGACGAAGAGAAGGAGGAGGAGGGCGCUCCGACUCGGGAGGAACGACCCCGUGAAGGAAUGGAGAACGCAGAGGAGGAAGAGCUGAAUCCAGAAGCCGAGGCGUGCCGGACGAGCCCGUCGGAGCCGGAGAAGGGAUCCGCCGAGAAGACGGAGGAAGAGCAGCGACCAGUCCCUCCCCAGCUCCCCCUAGUGGUCGACCACCAGCGGCUUUCGGCUCUCCUGGACACGGUGGUGAAGAAGAGCGACGGCUACAGCGUGGAGCAGCUGGAGCGGCUCUACUCGCUGCUCAGCCAGAGCAUCUACCGACACCGCCGCGACUACGACAAGACGCGGCUACUGGAGGAGAUGGAGGGGAGAAUCCAGCAUUUUGAUACAUUCCUGUGAGACGGAGAGAAAACCUCAUCAGGUAGAUCCUGAACAUCCUGGGACCACAAAGAAACACACCGAGAGAAGAGGAGGAGCCACACACACACACACACACACACACACACACACACACAACGAGGACGACGUUGAGGACAAGAGACAUUCAAUGGUGCUUAUCGUCUCAGGAAACCUGGAUCCCAGACCCAGACCCUUUCUACACGAGCCAACCUCUCCUGGAGGUGUGUCAGUCACACACACACACACACACACACACACACACACACACACACACACCAACUGUGACGGGCAACCCUGGUGCUAUCCUAACGUUCAUCCGUGCUGCUCUUGGGACUCCUUACUUAACGGGGAUGACUUGCAAAACCAACAGAUCGGGUGAUGUCAUAUCGCAACCUGCCCCCCCCCCCACGGAGCAGGCUGUGCACACACACACACACACACACACACACCCUCUGACACUUGGGCAUGCAUGUAUUUUCUACAAACUCACACACUCGCUCGCCCAGAUCCUCACCAGCAGAAGUGUGAAUGUGGAGUGCGAGGGCGGUUUUUAAUGUGUGUGUGUCCCCCCCACACACACACACACACACAAGUGGAGCGCUUCCUUCAUCACAGGCCAGUUGUUCGCCGCCGCCAUCUUUCUGCCAUUACUUACUCAUUAAUUGAAUAUGUGAGCCGCCGUCAGACCCUCAGCCAGAACAACAGUUUACAGAGAGGUUUCCAGAUCCGCUUUAAGCACAGCAGCAGGAGGAGGAGCAGGAGGAGGAGGAGAAGCCAUUACGCCCCCCUAACCCCCACCUCCUCCUCCUCCUCUUCCCUCGUCCGACUCACACACUUCUCUCGCGGGUUCUAAGCGCUCUGAGGAACCGGACGCGUGUGAAUUAAAAGCCGUCUGGAGUUUGCACUGCCCGGCGUGUGCCUUAUUAAAAAAAGACAACUUUAAGAAAAACUCAAACUGAUAUAUUAUCUUAUAUUAUUACCUUUUUAAAAUGAUUUACUACGUGUGAUAAUGAGCCGGCUCCGAGUGACGUGGGGUCUGAACCUCUGAGGUCGCGGUGACCUUCAGGGGGGAUAACUAAAUGUAUUUCAAUGCCAUUCGUCUCCACAAGGAAACAAAUUGACUUUAAAAACCCGAAAACGAGCCUCAGCUCAGGAGGACACGCCCCGAGCACUUGAAUCUUUUUCUUUAUUCGAUAUUUAAAUGUCUUCACGAGAAUAAAAUCAAAGCCCAGACUUGGUCCACGCCAGCGAUUACUUUACGUGUUUCCAUAUGCAAAAAUACAUCCGAAUAAUUGUGACGCCACUCUAUUCUGGUUCUACUCGACGGUCCUAACGGUUAUUUUGUGUAUUUGAUUAUUAAUUUCGACACUUUUUUGGGGUAUAAGUGGAGAUCUUUAGCGUGUGAAUCCGUAAUGAACAACGCCGUUCAGGCAGCGCCCGUCACCAAGUGGGUCAGCAUUACAUCAGUUCCUUUUUAUUUGUGUUGUUCCUCUCGUGUUUGUGUGUGUGUGUGUGUUCGUGUAUGUACCGACUUUAUGGAUUUAUUACAUCAGUUUUUCUCGACGCCAGACGCAUCUCGGUGCAGGCUUCAGGAGGCCCGCCCCCUUUUCUUCUUUCCCUCCUCGGUCCAGGCUGCAGGAGGCCCCGCCCCCUUUUCUUUCCCUCCUUGGUCCAGGAUGCAGGAGGCCACACCCUCUUUUAUUUCCCUCCCUCCUGUCCAGCCCGCAGGAGGCCCCGCCCCCUUUUCUUCCCCUCGUCGGUGCUCCUUCACCUCCUUCUGCCUUUCAUUCCUCCAGGCGACAAACAAACACAAAGAGACCGAUAUGCAAAGCGACGGCUCCGCUCUGGCACGAGAAAAACCAAACGCUACCUCAGCUUAAUUUAUUUUAAAAUCUGUUUACUGGGUAGAAAUAAAUAAUAAAACGGCUGACAGUAUUCUCUUAUCCUGAAGCGCUGUUGCAUCAUCAGAACCCGACGGUACCGGAGCAGUGAGGAGUUCUGCAUGUGAGCCACAAACUUUAUACUUUCUCUUAAUUCAUAAGUACAUCCUUAAUGUCGCCCCUCCCUCCUUUCCCGCCACUAUUUUAAAAUUAAGCAUUAUUUUUUCUGUGCAGAUUGUCAUCUCAUGAUUCAGAUUAUUUAUUAUUAAACGCUUUUCUUUCUUUUUUUACACCUUAAGUCGUCUUUUUGUAUGUAACAAUCGGGAAGCGUUUUUAACAAUGUGGCUGAAUAGCGGGUUUAUUUUGGAGUGUGUGUGUGUGUGUGGGGUGGGGGGGUUACAGGUCUCUCAGGUUCAACACAUGUUCAACUUGUUUGUAUUUAUUUCAUUUGUUGUUUUCUUUGAGGCGAACUGGAAGACAUUUGUUCGUUUUCUGCCAAAAAGAGUUUUUAAUGAAUUUAGUAAACAAAAAAAUAUGGGUAGUUAAAUGUCAUACAUUGCGAUCUUCCUUUUCUUAUUAUAAAAAAAAAAAUUGUAGCCAGUUUGGACUAACAACCAAUUUUUGUCUGGUAGUUGAGACUACUUAGGGUUCAAACGCUCGUUCCGUCUCCAGGUUUCACUUUAGGAGACUUUUCCCUUAGUUUGUGACUUUUAAACUCACCUGUUCAACCUGUUAUUACUUUCGUGUAAGUUAUAUUAUUUUAAAUGAAACAUUUUACUGUAUUUCUCAAAUAAAACUGCUGUGAUAUACUUGAAUAAAAAGGUGCAAACUGUA